AUGAACCUCCCCUGGUUUGGCGACAUCUCGCAAUGGAAUGUUGUGGGCUCGGGCAUCGACAGUGUCUUAGACAUCCUGGCGAUAGUUUUUUACUUCCUGCUGGUCCUGGGCAUCGGGUGUUGGACUAUGCUAUCGAGCAACCGUGGGACUGUGGAAGACUUCUUCCUGGCUGGCCGAAAUCUAGCAUGGUGGUCGAUAGGUGCUUCUCUUUUUGCCUCAAAUAUUGGCAUUGGCCACCUUGUGGCCCUGGCUGGAACAGCAGCGACUUCAGGGAUUGCUGCUGGGGCCUUCGAGUGGAAUGCUCCAUUCCUUCUCUGUGUUCUUGGUUGGAUAUUUUCUCCUAUUUACAUUAAGGCUGGGGUGGUGACAAUGCCAGAAUAUUUGAGGAAGAGGUUUGGUAGCUCCCGGAUCCAGUUCCUCCUCGCUAUUCUGUACUUAUUCCUCUACAUCUUCAAUAGGGUCUCAGUGGAGAUCAGCACUAGUGCCAUGGUCAUGGGGCUGAUUUUUGGAUGGGAUGUUUACCAGGCCACCAUAUUCUUGCUGAUAUUUAUUGGCAUUUAUACCAUCACAGGUGGUUUUGCAGCUGUGAUUUAUACUGAUGCCUUACAUGCUGGCGUUAUGGUUCUAGGAUCAGUCUUGCUAAUGGGCUUUGCCUUUAAAGAAGUGGGAGGAUACCAGGAGCUACUGCGUCGUUACUUAAAUGCUAAGCCAAGCAUAAUCCAUGAAGGAAACUGGACUGCCAAGCCAGAAUGCUACCUCCCUCGCCUGGAUUCUUUCCAUAUCUUCCGAGAUCCCAUUACGGGAGACCUCCCCUGGCCUGGAAUUGUCUUUGGCAUCUCCAUCAUCUCCUUGUACUACUGGUGCACUGAUCAGAUUUCUGUCCAGCGGUGCCUGGCAGGGAAGAACAUAUCUCACGUGAAGGGCGGCUGUGUCUUUUGUGGGUGCCUGAAGCUGCUGUCCAUGUUCAGCAUAGUGAUGCCAGGAAUGAUCAGCCGCAUCCUGUACCCGGAAAAAGUGGCAUGUGUUACACCUUCUGAAUGUGAAAAGUACUGUGGCACCAGAACUAGUUGCAGCUCCCUUGCCUACCCAAUGCUGGUGAUGAAGCUAAUGCCCAAAGGUAUACAAGGUUUGAUGAUGUCUGCACUAUGGGCCUCUUUCAUGUCUUCCCUGACUUCUAGUUUCAACAGUGCCAGCGCUGUGUUCACAAUGGACAUCUAUUCCCAGAUACGGCCUAUGGCUACUGAAAUUGAACUCAUGUUAUCAGGAAGGUUUUUUGUUAUACUCUUACUUUCUGCCACCAUCAUCUGGAUCCCUAUUAUUGAAGUGACACAUGGUGAACAGCUGUUUGAAUACAUGCAGUCAGUCUUGGGUUACCUGGUGCCACCCAUUGCUGCCAUCUUCCUGCUUGCCAUAUUUUCCAAGAGAGUCACUGAGCAGGGCGCCUUCUGGGGGCUGACAAGUGGAUUCCUGAUUGGCUUGCUUCGGAUGGUGUCUGAGUUUGUCUACUGUCCCCAGCCCUGCUCAGGAAACAACGAGGGCCCUAUGAUCAUCUGCAGCAUACAAUACCUCUAUUUUGCCAUAUUCCUCUUCAUAGUCAGUCUUUUCACCAUCCUGGGGAUCUCCUUAUUCACAGACCCAAUUCUGGAUAAACACCUCCAUCGGCUCUGUUGGAGUUUACGAAAGAAGCUCAGAGGCCAAAGAGGCCUGGGCUCACUCCUGACACCUGCAGAGGAGACCUCGGCUUGGCUAGGCUCCUUGGUCUUCUGCCAGCCAGAUAUAUUUAUAUUAGGGGAGCCCCAGAACUGCCUCUUGAAGGCCUUGGAUGUGUGUUGUGGCUUGGAGCCAAAGCAAGGCCCCAAAGUAGCCCCAGAAGAGGUAACUAUGAAGACAGUGAAUGGUACCACAUCUGAAGAAACAGAAUAUGGUGCCACAGCUGAAGAGGUAGAGCGCAGUGACGUAGCUGAAGGGACAGAGCGCUGUGACACAUCGGAGUGGCCGUACUGGAGAAAAGUUGCCAACACCAGCGGGUUUCUCCUGAUAUUGAUCACAGUCCUGUGCCACAUCUUCUACUUCUAA